CUGUAAAAGUUUAAGAGAGAAAGCUUCUGGGGUGGGGUUUAGGAGAUAAGUACGGGGAAGUUCAGACUGAGCGUGUACUUACAAGAAAACUCUUCAAGCAGAAUUAACAGAAAAUGGAGGCCAUUAACCAGCUGGUGACUGAUGUGCUCGAGGAUCUUGUGGAGUCAGAGCUCAAACAGUUCACCAGGCAGCUGUGGAUCGGUGUAAAACCAGACGUCGAUCCCAUUCCUCGGGGAAAGCUGGAGAAUAAGGACCGUCAGGAUGUGGUGGACAGUAUGGUGCAGCAUUACAGCGAGGAUGCUGGGAAGAUCACAGUACAGGCACUGCGCAAAAUCAAGCAGAACGAACGUGCAAAGCGUCUCGAGUCGAAUCUGCUGAAAGUUCAGCCGCAGGCGCAAGAAAAUGAGCGAAACCCUGAAGACCUGCAACCCAUCCAGCAGAUCAUCCCGCAGCCCAUUAACACUGCUGGGUCUGAGGAUCUCCAACCCAUCCAGUCUGACUGGCAGAGACCACGGCAGAUCAUUCCCUGCAGUCAAGAGUUUAAAAACAAACUUCUUAACGCAAACAGAGAUGAUAUUUACACACCAGGGAGCAGUACUCAAAGAAAAGGCUUGGCUCUGUUAAUCACCAACAUACAAUUCGCCAAUAAACAACACAACCGAGCCGGAGCGGAGAAAGAUGAGGAGAACGCGGAGUGGCUGCUGAGAGCUCUGGGCUUUGCAGUUAUAAAAUACAGAAAUCUCAGUGGAAAAGAUAUCAGCAGAGCAGUCGAGAAUUUCUCUAGACGUCGUGAACAUGAAGACGCAGACAGCACCUUUGUCGUCAUCAUGUCUCAUGGGACUAGAAUUGAAAAUAAAGAUGCCAUUUUAGGUUUCAGUGACGACGUCUACUUUAUUGAAGACACUUUCUCCCAUCUGAACUCUGUGAACUGUCCUGGUCUGAUCGACAAACCCAAGGUUAUCCUCAUUCAGGCUUGCAGAGGAGGGCAAGCCAGUGGAGUGUAUGCUCAAGAUUGUGCGUUUACAUCUGACUCGUGGGUGCACAUGGAGAAAGACUUUGUCUGUUUUAUGUCCACCAUGCCUAAUACUUUCGCAUACAGGAAUCCAAUCGAGGGAAGUUUUUUUAUCAGCUACAUAGUGGAUGUGUUCUGUUCAUCAGCCCACAAGGAUGACAUUAUGGAGCUGUUUAGGAAGAUUACCUUACGUAUGGAGAAAGACCAACGUUUCCUGGGUAAGGCGAAACUCUUGCCGUGCAUUGAAAGGACGUCCAUUUCAAAGAAAUUCUACCUGUUUCCUGGACUGUGAAGACAUGAAGAGUAAACCUGGUUUAGAGGAAAAACAGCACAGGUGAUCAGGGUAAAACAUGUAUAUCACCAUGCUGAAGGUCUUUAUUUCCUGGCAGAAAAUUACCUCAAUACAAGUCAUUAUUAAAAACACAGGUAUUAUCAGUUUUUAUAUGAACAUACUGUUUCUUUGGAGAGUUCUUAGAAGACGGUACAUUACUUGAUUAGUCAAUCUACUGUAAACACUGUAAUGAGGGGCAUUCUCUAUUCAUCUGUGGUGUUUUACUUUUCUUCUUAUUCAUUUCUUUAUCAUUUAUCAUGUAAUCACUUUAUUAUAACAUUUAAUUGACAUGAAUUCAACCAUAUUAUCGAUUCAUUUAAUGAUCAGUAAUGUUAUAGCAUGUGUUAUAAUCUUAUGAUUGUGUGGUUUCCAGGGGAUCAGUCUUAAAUCUGUAGGAGAAUUACUGUAUCUCAAGGUGUUUAAUGGUACUUUACUCGGUUAUUAAACAGUAUAUUUUUAUUACUUGUGCUUUAAUAUCACUGGAAGGAGUUGUGCUUGUCUGCUCAUUCAGUAAACUGGUAAAUAAUAAA